AAACUCCUCAAGCAAUUUUCAUUUCCACCACUCUGCUCCUCCUCCCAGCGCGCACCAACCCGCCGUCAUCUACUACCACUCCGCCUCAUGGCCUCCCCCACCGCCGGCGACGCUCCCCUCGCACCAGACACGACGAUCCCCUCAGCCACUGCGGCGGCGGAUCUGGACACGGAGUUUGGGUUCCAGCGCCCGGAGCUCGGGAAGGAGAAGCUGGCCGGGACGGUGGGGUUCCACGAGCGCCACGUGUUCCUCUGCUACAAGGGCCCCGAGUUGUGGCCGUCCCACGUCGAGGCCGCCGAGUCCGACCGCCUCCCCCGCCUCCUCGCUGCCGCCAUCAAGGCCCGCAAGUCCAACCUGAAGAAGACCACCAAAUUGACCAUUUGUAAAGGAGAAGAUGGCACUGAGUCAUCAAAUGGAGAUGUGUUGAUCUUUCCAGAUAUGAUCAGAUACAAAGGGCUGACCCAUUUUGAUGUCGACAACUUUGUUGAAGAAGUACUUGUCAAAGAUACUGAGUGGCUUCCUGGAUCUCCUGAAGCUAUGAAAGGUUCCUAUGUUUUUGUUUGCUCUCAUGGAAGCAGGGACAAAAGGUGUGGUGUUUGUGGACCUGCUUUGAUUAAAAGGUUCAAGGAAGAGAUAAAUGGACUAGGCCUUGAUGGCCAGGUGGCUGUUAGUGCAUGCUCACACGUGGGAGGUCAUAAGUAUGCAGGAAAUGUCAUCAUUUUCAGUUCUGAUGCCAAGGGUGAAGUGACUGGUCAUUGGUAUGGUUAUGUUGUUCCUGAUGAUGUGCCUGUCUUGCUGCAUAAACAUAUUGGACAAGGAGAAAUUGUGGACCAUCUAUGGAGGGGUCAGAUGGGUUUAUCUGAGGAGGAGCAGAAGAAAUCUCUCGAGCUUAGGAACAUGACAAAUGGUGGAUCGAGUGCCAAAGAAUCCCUUGAAGAAACUGGAACAGAUCGUGCUUCUUGCAACCCUGCAGCAGCUGGUGGAUGCUGCCAGGGCAAUGGUGGCUUUACUUGCUGCCAAAGUGACAUGCCAAAGGAAAAACAGGAUAAGAGCAUUACAGCUGAGCAGAACCAGAAGGGCCUUGAGAAGGAGAAUGACAAAGAGAGUGGUGUCGGCAGCAAGAAGGGGCACACCAAGAUAUGCCCGAUGCCCACCUGGUUUGAGACCUGGGAGAGGGCUGACACCUAUGCCGCUCUUGCUGUUGUUGCAGCUGCUGCCUCGGUGUUUGUUGCUUUCAGAGUCUACAAGAACCUCAUUUGAGAACUUGAGAUCCUUGAAGAAACACCCAAAACAAGUAUAGUUUUUGUGCUCUACUAGAGAUCCUUGAAGAAACACCCAAAACAAGUAAAGUCUACUGCAGAAAAAGUCUGCCAUGAGAAUAAUAUACUUGCGCAUAGUAAUGCAAGGGUUAGAACUUUUUAAGUAGCUGGAGGGUUGUGAUGAAAAGUUUAACGUCUACUGUUCUCGUAUUUAACUCCAUGUGAAACUCCACUAGGACCGAAGUUUCAAUGCCUUGGCUGCUGUUUAUCUUAGCAAGGCGAUGGCAUGUGCAUCAACAUUCACUGUGAUGAUGCCAUCUUUUGUUUGGAUUUUGGAUGUUCUGGAGCAUGUGGUUUAAACGAUUUGUCAGAUUGAUUUGAAAAUAUGUUCAUUUUGCACAGA